ACAAACAGCAGGACAGGCAGAGACAGCAACAUCUCAGAGAUACUGAGAGUCUCAGGAAGAGGAACAGCUUUCAUUUUUUUCUAGUCACUAGUAAGAAAAUGAACAUGUCAGCCAGGGUUGUAUUUGGAAAGGGGCGACUCGCUCCCAAGCAGGUUGCCUACGCUUUCCCUCAGACAGAUUCCCUGAGGAAAGGCAGCCGGUCUGCAGGAGGGAAGAGGAGGAUGUUCUCUUUUUCUAUCAGAUGUCGUCUGGGCAUCAUCAGGGGGAGAACCAAAGAUGAAGGGCCGUACUCAAAGGGGAGUAAGGAAUCCGGGACAACUGACCAAUCGCAUUCAUCCCAGAGACGCAGCUUUUCAGCAGACGAGUACAGAGGAGUGACCACAGUGGACCUGAUGAAAAGGGAAGGCAGCAGCCUUGGCCUCACUAUAUCCGGAGGGUCUGAUAAGGACGGCAAGCCCAGGGUGUCAAACCUCCGGCCAGGUGGGCUAGCUGCCAGGAGUGACCAGCUGAAUGUAGGAGACUACAUCAAGUCAGUAAACGGCAUUAACCUGUCAAAGCUUCGCCAUGAUGAGAUUAUCAGCCUGCUGAAGAACAUCGGGGAGCGAGUGGUGCUGGAGGUGGAGUACGAGCUGCCUCCGUUCGUCCAAACCCCCUCAGGAGUCCUAACCAAAACCAUAGAGGUGUGUUUACACAAGGAAGGAAACAGCUUUGGGUUCGUCAUGAGAGGAGGCUUUCAUGAGGAUUGGCGCAGGUCUCGUCCUCUGGUGGUGACCUACGUGAGGCCCGGAGGUCCUGCUGACAGAGAGGGCACUCUGAAAGCUGGAGACCGGGUUUUGAAUAUAGACGGGAUGCCUUUAAACAGAGAGAAGCACGCCGACGCCCUGACCAUGUUGAUGCAGAGCAGCCAGGAAGCUCUGUUCCUGAUUGAGUAUGACGUCUCUGUCAUGGAGGCGGUGCAGCAAGCCUCAGGCCCUCUGCUGGUGGAGAUAGUGAAAGGUCCCUCAUCCAGCCUGGGGAUCAGCCUCACCACAACACUAUACAGGAGCAAACAAGUUAUCAUCAUUGACAAGAUAAAGCCAGCCAGUGUGGUGGAAAGAUGUGGAGCACUGCAUGUAGGAGACAUCAUUCUGUGUAUAGACGGGACCAGCACGGAGCACUGCUCUCUGAUGGAGGCCACGCAGCUGCUCGCUAACAGCUCGGACAUUGUAAAACUAGAGAUUCUCCCAGCCAGUCAGAGCAGACUUCCCGUCAGGCCACAAGACACAGUUAAAGUGCAGAAGAGCAACCAUCACCACUGGGACCAAAGCAGCAACUACUGCCAUCCCCCACAUGCCAGCCACGGCAAGACAUGGAGCAGCCCGAGCCACCCACACAACCAGCAGGACCACUGCAAAUCUCUGGUGAGUGGUGGCUUCUCCCCUUCCUCCACAGCCACCUCAGGGUUCAGCAGCCAGGGGAGCAACACCCUGCCCUGCCCCAUCCCAACCGUUGCCCCAAACAGUCCUCGCAGCUCCACUGGCAAGAGAAGGACCAGGAAGAAGGACCACAAGAGCUCAUUGUCUCUGGCAUCCAGCUCUGUUGGUCCUGGAGGGCAGAUUUUCCAUGUGGAAACAAGUGAGAUCGUCCUGAGGGGGGAUCCACUCACAGGUUUUGGGCUCCAGCUGCAGGGAGGUGUCUUUGCCACAGAGACCCUGUCUGCUCCCCCCGUCAUCCGCUUUAUUGAGCCCGACAGCCCUGCUGAGAGGUGUGGGCUGCUGCAGGUUGGAGACAGACUGUUGUCAAUAAAUGGGAUCCCAGCUGAAGAUGGCACCUUGGAAGAAGCCCAUCAGCUGCUCAGAGACUCGGCUCUGGCAAAUAAAGUCACAGUGGAGGUCGAGUUUGAUGUUGCAGAGUCAGUGGUCCCCAGCAGUGGCACUUUCCAUGUCAAACUACCAAAGAGGAGAGGAGUGGAGCUUGGCAUCACCAUCAGUGCAAGUAAGAAACCUGGCAAGCCCCUCAUCAUCUCUGACAUUCGAAAAGGGAGCAUAGCACACAGAACAGGCACUCUGGAGCCUGGAGACCGGCUGCUCGCCAUAGACAGUGUGCGGCUGGAGAACUGCACCAUGGAGGACGCCAUGCACGUCCUGGAUCAGUCCGAGGACAUGGUCAAAUUGAGAAUCCAGAAAGAUGAGGACAACAUCGAUGAGUUGGAGAUGUCGGGCUCUAUAAUCUACACAGUUGAGCUGAAGAGAUAUAACGGUCCCCUGGGCAUCACGAUUUCAGGCACAGAGGAGCCCUUUGACCCCAUUGUCAUUUCUGGCCUCACUAAGAAAGGCUUGGCAGAGAGGACCGGGGCCAUUCACAUAGGGGACAGAGUCCUGGCAAUCAAUGGGGUCAGUCUGAAAGGAAAACCACUGAGCGAGGCCAUCCACCUCCUGCAGAUGGCCGGGGAAUCGGUCACCCUAAAAAUAAAAAAACAAGCUGACCGAUCUGAUAGAUGUCACUUCGUGGACAGAGAAGCUGCGUUUUUAAGCGACACAGAGGACGAUCUGACAGACUUCCCAAAAAACAGUAAACACUCAGAGAUUUAUUCUGCCACUGUGCCCAGUAUAGACUCCGCAAUGAGCUCCUGGGAUAGCUCAGGGUUUGACGCAGGCUACAGCAGCCAAGGAACAUAUCUUCACAAAGCGUCUGAUAUUCUGCUCAAUCCGAGUGAGUGGCGUCGCACACAGCACAGGAGCCAAACUAGUUCUAGUUCUGCAGGCCUUCUUCACCACACCUCACUGUAUGAUGGAAGGUUUACUGAAGAUGAGUGGGACAAGAUACCUGGAUUCGUCAGCCCUCCUCGUUGCCAUGGCACCCUGAACCAGGAAGACAGCUUUUGGUCCCAGGCUCUGCAGGACCUCGAGACCUGCGGCCAGUCUGAAAUUCUCAGGGAGCUUGAGGCAUCCAUGACAGGUAGCGCUCUCAGUCUGUACCUAGAGGAGACCAAAACCAACGAUGACUCAAUGUUUAAGUCUGACAUUAGUCCUAUUAAGAGGGAGGGAGUCCAUGUAGAGUGUAAGACCAGAAGCAACCAGAACAUGUCAACCGGAACCAGAGAUGCAACAUCUAGAGGCAAAGGGGACCCCACAGACAUCCUGUCCCCUACCACUCUGGCAUUGCACAAGGUGACUAUGAGGAAGGACAUUGAGAGCCAUGAUUUUGGUUUUAGUGUGUCUGAUGGUCUUCUGGAGAAAGGGGUUUAUGUCAACAUGAUCCGCCCUGAUGGCCCUGCUGAUCUGGCAGGGUUGAAACCCUAUGACCGCAUUCUUCAGGUGAACCGUGUGCGGACCAGGGACUUGGACUGUUGUCUGACUGUGCCCCUAAUUAUAGAGGCAGGAGACAGCUUGGACUUGGUCAUUAGCAGGAAUCCACUGGCAGCCUCAGACAACGGGCUGCCCGACGACUGUGACGAUCCCCUGAACUCACUGUUCUGCUUUCCAGAGCGCAGGACCAACACAAUCGCCCUGUGACCACAAAGAAAGACUGACACUAGCUUUAAAACACUGCAGCGCUGGGACCCCACACCACAAACACACACACGCACGCACAUCCUUCAUGUACGGUUAAGUUUGUCACAUUGUACCUCUCACACAGACCUUCACACUCACAUCCAGCACGCGGAACAUCCAGGAACAGCCGUUUGAAAGCAUCGGCAUGUGUUCACGAUUGCCGGUUUUAGUCACUGUGUUCACAUGAUGCGUUUCAAAAGGAGGCUCUGGCUUCAGGGCAGCACCCACCCCUCACCCACCUCUUCCGACUCCAGAGGCAAAGCCACACGCAGGGUUAUAUAACAGCAGAGUCAUAGCUUCAGACUGAGCCAGGAUGUCAACACACAUGCCUCAGCUCUGGAGAGACUGUAAUGCUGCACGCACACACCAUAUACAUAUACUAUCUUUUGCUUUAACAAGCUUCAUGCUCCCUCUGGCAGAAUGUUCCUUCAGUUGUUUUUCUUUAUUUUAUGCACACAAGAUACACACAUGCAUUGCUACAGACAUAUGAAACACAUACAUACACUUUCACAGGGUUAAAGGGUGUAAGGUUUAAGCCACAUUGUGCAUAUAUAAGUUAUUUCAGACAGGAUUUGGCUCACAGCCCAUCUUUCCAGCCUGUCCUCCUCCCUGCCUGCCCUGGAGUGGGGACAAGGCCUCCAAAUAGUUUGAAUCUGCUACUUGCCAAAAAUAAUUAGCUAUAUUUUCCCUUAUAUCUUAAAUUAUUGCAUAAGAACACUUUUUGUUUGUUUUUUUCUUGCUGUUUCAGCCAUAUUUCACGAAGAUGCACACAGUUCCACAACUUGCAUGCAUUUUUUUUUUCACCAACUCUACAUUUGCACAUCAAAUGUUUACCUGUUAUGAUUUGUGAUUUUCAAGUUAAAACCACCGUAUAAAUCAGGGUCUCCAUAUGUGGCAUUGCACCAGAAUGACUUAUGAUUUAGCUUGCAACCCCCCACACUUCCCUCAGCGAAUCACAUCCUUUCCUUAAUCAAAGGAUGAAAUGCCUUUCAGUUUUCACUCAUGAUUAAUUUUCUUGUUUUUACACCACAUCUGAAUGGAUUGAUUUCCAGUUGUGUUCAUUUCUGCAGUAGCUAUGAAAGUUCAAGCAUGUUGAGCAUGCAUUCGGGUUGUCCUAAGCAAGUAGCUCUUACUUAAAAUAAUGCGUUAAUGAAGCAAUCUCUGUUUGCUCCCGCCGAGUCAUUUUUAUCAUAAGACAUUGUUUUUAUAAAGCUUUUGUCUUACUGCCUCUGGAAAUGACAUCCAUGUUUUGUUUUACGUAUUGGCUGAUGUGAAGAUGUUGUGAGAUAGUUGUACUGUUCUGUUUAGAGGAGCCUUAGAGACUGAGUAUCCUUGGGACAAGACCUCUUUUUAAAAAAUCUGUUUCAGACUCAUGUCCAAUGUUAAAUGUCAUGUUGUAUACAGAGGCCUAUUUUUAAGGUUUUAUAUUAAUUUUGUGUAUUGUACCUUACAUUUUACUUUAUAAUGUAUUAUGGUAUGCAGUGCUUUAUUUUUACUUAACAGUAUACGCACAUACAGUAUGGUGUUUUAUGUGAGCUGUGAUACUGAAUGUGACUGCACAAAUUUUGGUUUUAUUUCCACAUCUACCCUGAAUAUGUCAGGAAUUGUUAAAAGGAACUUGAAAGAUGUAUUUAAUAUUAUUUUAUUUUUGUUAUUUAAUUUAACAUAGAAAUGUAAUUCUUUUUAUGAGAAUAAAGUUACAAAACCA